GAAAUCCACCGCCUUCAAUCGCAUAUCGCAUUCCUCCAAAACCAACAGCAUCAUUUGGCAGACUACAAAGUCUGUCUUCACUCGCUCAAGUCACCUAUACGCAGACUUCCCAGUGAAAUCAUGCUCCUUAUCUUUGACUUUGCCUGUGACAUGAAUUACAUCGCUUCAAACAGUCUGCGAACCAUACCUGCGUUAGCCCUCAAGAAUGUAUGUUCGUAUUGGAGGGAUCUUACGCAAUCCUGUCCACAACUAUGGUCCCGCAUGUAUAUAAAAAGGUCGAAAUUUCCUCGUCAUCUUCCAGGACUCCCUAUCUUGAAUCUGUUUCUUGAAUCUUCCCAGCAACAUCCUCUAACACUCAAAGUU